CUUUCAAAUGUAACUUUCGUUAAACAUUUGUGCACAGAACAACGUCGAAAUUACCUUGUUGCUUUGAUAUUCUUGUUCCUGAAAACCAAACCUCAACCACUACAGGCCGUAUAGCAUGUGGCUACGUCGGAACGCUCCUAUUCGCGACCGUGUGGAUGCUGGAAACCAGCUCGCCAGUGACCAACGUCUCCAAAAAUAUGCAGGACGAGGGACAGAUACCAUCAUUCUUGCGCUGCCCAGAGGGGGUGUUCCCGUCGCAUUUGAAAUGGCAAAGAAAUUGAACGUGCCCUUAGAUUUGAUGUUAGUUAGGAAGCUCGGUAUCCCUUUCCAUGAAGAGACUGCAAUGGGAGCAAUCGCCAUGGGCGGGGUAACUUAUAUCAACGAAGAGUUUGUGUCGUCGCUGGGCAUAUCAAAUGCUGAUGUGCAGCGAGUCAUCCGAAAAGAGACCGAAGAGCUUCAUCGGCGAAGUAAACACUAUCGGGGGAACAAGCCGUAUCCAAUUCUGGCCGAUAAGAACGUCAUCAUCGUUGAUGACGGAGUCGCUACGGGGGCUACCUUGCGAGCUGCUAUUCAAGCUGUCAAACAAUUCAAUCCCAAACAAGUUAUUGCCGCCGCUCCAGUUGGAGCUCGGGACAGUUGCAGGGAUCUGGCACAGGUUGCAGAUGAGAUGAUCUGCUUGCAUCAGCCUGAACCAUUCAACGCUGUUGGGCUGUGGUACGAAAGCUUCCCUCAGACUGAGGACGAAGAAGUGAUGGAACUUCUUCGCAAGGCGGAACAAUUUGGCAAACAUGAAGAGUGACAUAGCUCAGCAUUGGCGGUGGGCUAAGAGUAUACUCUCGCGGCUUGUCUUCAGUUUCUUGCUCACAUUCCCUUUGGGUAUAUGCCUGGGCGUGUGUUUCAGCUACUUGUUCUUUUCUUCCGCCUAAUGAAUCGCUGGAAGAGAGUGGUAAACAAUACGGAUAUAAUUCAUCAUAUCAUCAUCAAAAUUCCA